GGCGCACAGACCGGCGGCAGCACUCAGAAAGUGGGAAGUUUUCGUUGCCAAAGGAUUCUGUCUUAAAAUUAAUCACCUUCAUGUCGACUCUGUUGGAUACUAACCUGCCGAUGCUAUGGUUACCUUUAUUACGAUCUUACAGGUGAAUCUAGUGAUGUCCAUCCUGCUGUAUGUGAUGGUCCUCGUGUACCUCUAUGGUAUCCAGGCAACCAACAUGGACAGCAGUCGCCAGGGGCAACAGCAGCAGCAGCCGAGCCCUGACCCCUUAAAUUCGCUCAUCAUCCAGCUGCUUCAGGCCGACCUGACGAGGGGGAGGACCAGGGGGAACCAGAGCCAACAGGGGAAAAACCGGGACACUGAGCCCCACGACCCGCUGCCUCCCCUCCUCGCUGCAAACUUUCCUUUGGGGGAGCAGGGCGAUGCGGAGCAGUGGGGGGCCGGGGGUCGCAGCGGAGGGAGCAGCGACGUCAUUGACCAACAGUUGAUGAUGUUGAACACAGACCUUCUCAGGCAGCACAAGCGGUACAACUCGCCUCGAGUGCUGCUGAGCGACCGGCUGCCAUUGCAGCCGCCGCCGCUGUACCUCGCUGACGAUUUUGUUAGCGGUGGACUUGAUGGCGGGGCGGCGGGAAAUAAGACUCGAAAGAAGCGGUACGCUGAGCACAAGAGCUAUCGCGGGGAAUACUCCGUGUGCGACAGCGAGAGUCAGUGGGUGACGGAUAAAACCCAAGCAGUGGACACCAGGGGGGAUCCGGUUACUGUUCUGGCAAAAAUUAAAACUAGUGCCACGCAGGACAUCAAACAGUACUUUUACGAGACGCGCUGUCGGACCCCCAGGCCCUUCAAAGGUGGCUGCAGGGGCAUUGACGACAAGAACUGGAACUCGCAGUGCAAGACAACACAGACGUACGUUCGAGCGCUGACGCAAGUUCGCAACUCGGUGGGCUGGAGGUGGAUACGCAUAGACACUUCUUGUGUGUGCGCAUUGUCAAGGAAACGUCACAGGACGUAAACAAAACAAUUCAAGCCCUGCUGAGGAUUACCUGUUUGGAAUUCUACUUCCUGUAUAGGAUUUUAUUUCCUGUUCACAGUGCUCCCUGCCACAGGAUUAUGCAUCAUGGUGGUGAAGAGCGACAUUCUGCUAUACAGUGACACUUCUACUGAAGAAAUCUUUGGUCCAUUUAACUGAUAUUUCACAUGAAUUUGCUGCAAAUCCACAAAACCGGCACUGUGCCGCUAUUAUGGAAGAACUCGUC